UCCGUGGGGGUUCGGCUUCCGGGUUUCCAGGUGGGCUCGGGGGGCCGGAGAGUGAGUGGCCGGCGCUGCGGCCCGGGAGCAGGGCCAUGGAGAAGCUGCGGCGGGUCCUGAACGGCCAGGAUGACGAGGAGCAGGGCCUGACCUCGCAGGUCCUGGAUGCCUCGUCCCUUAGUUUCAACACCAGAUUGAAGUGGUUUGCCAUAUGCUUUGUGUGUGGCAUUUUCUGUUCUAUCCUUGGAACUGGAUUGCUGUGGCUUCCUGGUGGUAUAAAGCUUUUUGCAGUGUUUUAUACCCUUGGAAAUCUUGCGGCAUUAGCCAGUACAUGCUUUCUAAUGGGACCCAUGAAGCAACUGAAAAAGAUGUUUGAAACAACAAGAUUGUUUGCAACAAUUAUUAUGCUUCUGUGUUUUGUGUUUACCCUGUGUGCUGCUCUUUGGUGGCAUAAGAAGGGACUGGCCGUAUUAUUCUGCAUAUUGCAGUUUUUGUCAAUGACCUGGUAUAGUCUGUCGUACAUCCCGUAUGCAAGGGAUGCAGUCAUUAAAUGCUGUUCUUCUGUCCUAAGCUGAAAAUCAGAAACUCGUGGAAAAGAACAUUUGAAUGCUGAUACUCUUAUUUUGGGUGAAGGCUACUUUUCCUGAUAUAAUAAUCACCCCAAAACAACUGCAGUGACAGUUUGAGACCAUUUUGUAUACUGGUGAAAACUACAUGUUUGAUUAAAUUGUUAAAUGCUUAUAAAUGUAGUUCACUAUGUGUCUUUAAUAUGCUCUUCCAAAGAUAAGCAGAUUUUAAUUGUUAACAGUUGUAAAUUAUUUUUAGGCAGUUAAUCUUUUCACAACAGUUUUUGAAAUGUAAAUAUUUAAGGGAUAAACCUGUACU